CUCUCGAGCACAGCUGCAAAGUUGUACCGAGCUAGGCAGGCGUUUCGCUCUCUGAACGCAGUUCUGAGACACGAGAGCGAUCGAAGGUCAGGCAACCGCGCACGACUCGCGGUGAAACGCUCUGAGAGCUCCACUGUCAAGCACUCGGCCAGGCGCACGCAGCGCGGAGCCAACCAGGCAAACCGACUGCGACACACGAUGCGUCUCAUCGUCAUCGCGACGGGCGCACUCGCCUGGCGGCCGUCACACCGCACGGCGAGACGAGCCGCGCCCGUCGACCACGCGAGCGACGAGGAGGCCUGGUGGCGGGACAUGAAUAUGCAAGGAGACGCACACGUGGCGCCGCCGCCCGCGCCGCCACAGACACGAAAGGCGCGCCGCCUCGACGCCGGCGAUAGUGUAGAGGCCGCGUUUCCCAAAUUUGGCCCCGGCGGCGGCGACACGACGUGGUCGCCCGACGUCUGGGAGUUCACGCCGGAGGCGGACCGCGCGCGGGCCGGCGCCGGCGCGAGCGCCGCGCGCGUGCCCCACGAGCAGUUUCGUGAAGAGGCGCCAUCCGCACCGGACGCCGCGCCGCCACUACCGCCCCGGAAACGCAAGACCCCGCGCACGCUCUACGACGACCUCGGCUGCGCGCGGGACGCGUCGCCCUCGGCGCUCCGCGCCGCGUGGGCGCGCCUCUGCCGGCGCCACCAUCCGGACUCCGGCCGGGACGCGUCGCCGGAGAUGUUCGCGCGCGUCAUGGCCGCCUGGGCGCGGCUCGGGUCGCCGGAGGCGCGCGCGACGUACGAUGCGGAGCUGCUGCGCGAGGAGCGGCUUUCCUGA